UGUGCUACACUGUUUGGACUUAUGGCUUUAAAUAGCCGCCUAAGAAGUCAUAGUGAUAUACACCUCACACCUUCAUACCCUAUAACUCCAUAACCUUUGUAUUGAAAUCCGUCAUCACAAUAUGGCUUUGAUUCGUUUAUUUCUCUAUGUGAUAGGGUUGGUAAUGGUUCCUGAUCCCUCCCAUGUCCGGGACUCACCACAAGACUACCUCAAUGUACACAAUGUGGCUCGAGCACGAGUUGGAGUUGCAAACAUCAGGUGGGACAACACUGUUGCCGCCUACGCUCUGAAGUACACCAAGUCGAGGCUAGGGGAUUGCAAUCUCGUCCACUCAGGAGGGCCUUACGGAGAGAAUUUAGCCAAAGGCAGCGGCUCGUUUACAGCCGCGGCUGCAGCCAAUAUGUGGGUGGCGGAGAAGCCUUACUACAACUACACCUCCAAUGCUUGCACCGGCGGAAAGCAGUGCAGGCACUAUACUCAAGUGGUGUGGGCAAAGUCUGUUAGGGUGGGGUGUGCUAGGCUUCAAUGCAGGAAUUCGUGGUGGUUUGUUACAUGCAGCUAUUAUCCACCAGGCAACUACAUCGGGCAGCGCCCAUAUUAGGGACAACAUGCAACUAUAGUAUGUGCAUGUUAUGUAUAAUCUACAUCUCAUCUAUUUGAGAGAAAAGAUUAUACAUACAUGACAUUAGCUAUUGUCCGCUCCGUCUAGCCUCCCAUCUCCACUCUGGCCAUGCUUCUUCCUCUGUCUGCUUUCCUUCUUUUGGUUUCUUCUCCCAUCUCUUAACCCCUUCUCUCUUGCUGAUCCUUGAUCAUCGAUCAUCCAAACAUGUCCCUUUGUUCCGUCAAACCCGUCGAUCUGUCACUGUCGUUUACAACCACUAUCACGGUUGCUCUUCGGAGCGUUUACCUUACCGUUGCUUAUCUCCGGCUAAUUUGGAUCUGGGAAGGCUGCUGUCUAGGGGCUUGGUUGUUGUUUGUUUCUUUUACUUUUAGUACUCUCUGGUCUAGUUGGUCAGGACAUUUAGUGCCCUCUCGCAGUAAUCUUCUUCCUUGUUUAAUGAAAGUUGUGUCCAUUACCAAAAGUCCAAAAACAUAAGUAAAUAAAUAAACCUCACAUGCAUGCAUUGAUAAAUAAGAGCUACUAGAUGCCCUGGAGUCAAUCACCGAGAGAAGUUUGUGCUUUAGCUUUCAUCUGAUGUUUUCCUGCAACUAUAUAUUUCUAUAUGUACAUUAGUCAUUGCGAUCCA